GAAACAGUGCAUUUGCUGCGGUCACACUAUUGCCAGCACAGCUAGACUUGAAAUAGGGAAAACUCUCGUGUACAUUUUACUCGGAUAAUGUGAGGAAAAUGAGUGAGACGAGCUCUGACUGGGUGGAGAUCCUCGAGCCUCGCUCCCGUGAGCGCAUGUUCGUCAACCUGCUGACAGGGGAGUGUGGCUGGGAGCCCCCCGCCAACGUCGCAGUGCGUCAGUCCGACGGCAGCCAGUGGUGGGAGCUGUUUGACCAAAACAACAACCGUUUCUACUACUACAACUCUGCUACGAGGCAGACCGUGUGGCACAGGCCCCAGAACUGCGACGUGGUGCCGCUGGCGCAGCUGCAGGCCAUGAAACGCAGUUCUGAGUCGGGGCUCGGGCGCCCCAGUGCGCACAGGGGCAGCGGCACCAGCAGCGAGGGCCGCCGCACCCCCCUGCACGGACCCAGCAUUGCUGCCCCCCCAGCGCCCCUGGUGUGGGACUCUUCUGGCAGAGAGACCCCCGCCAAGGGCAGAGGAGACAGCCUGGACAGCAGGAAGGAUCAUGGGAGGGACUCCCCUCAGAGAUGGCAGCCGACCCCUGGUUCGAAAGCAGCUAUGCUGGUGAAAGUGAACAGCAUUGGCAGGAACCAGACAGCAGGCUCCGGUAACACCCUGCUGUACCACAAAAACAACAACAAUCCAGUGAGCUCCCAGCCUAGCAAACCCACAGGGGGGUACAUUCCCCCCACACAGGCUGACAAAACCCCACUGCCCAGCAAGAUGCCAGCCUGCCCUGGUGACUCCAAGCAGGCCAGGCAGAUCAAAAAGACUGACAAAGGCAGCUUCUGCUUGGUAAUGUCCAACAGCAACUCUUCCUCUGUGACCUGUGAUACGCCUCAGAGGUCUCAGGGAGGAGGGUCACAACCCGGGUCCCCUAAAUACGCCUCCACAGCACCCAUCUACGAUGAACCGCCGCUAGAGUCUCCCAUCUACGAUGAGCCGCCCAUGGAAAUGGAGGUGGAGGCUGCGCACCUCCAAAACGGGCCUUCCGCCCAGCACUACACCCCCACCCACAGCCUGCAGAAGCAGCAGCAGCAGCAGCAGCAGCAAGCCAAGCUGCUGCAGCACCCGUCUGUGCAACAGCACUCCAAGCACAAGAGGAACCCCUCGUCAACGGAGUACAGCCCUGCAGGCAGAGAGUGCAUCAAACACAUGGUCAACGUUGAGUCUUCAUCCAAACAGGCUCAGCAGUCGUCAUCCCCAAGCCCCGCUGGGACCUCUGACAGCCUGGCCUCCGCAAAGCUUCAGGCAGCCCAGCAGCAAAAAGACGUCUCUGAGAAGAAGCAGUCCUGGAGGAUCUUGGAGGCCAACGUGUUGAAGAGCAUCGAGGCACGCCACAGCCGGCAGAACAGCCUGGCGUCCCAGGAGUACCCCACCGUCGCCACAGUGAACUAUCAGGACUCGGGCUACUCCACCGGGCCCUCGCCCAGCUUGCGGAGGAAGAACCGGAGGAGACAGAUGGUAGGCGGCGGGCAGGGUCGGCCCGGCUCGGUGGGAAGCAGCGGGGAGCUCAGCGUCCUCAAUGAGAAGCUCAUGGCAGAGAUGCGGGUGGUGGUGGGCCGGUCAGCUACCACUCGGGGUAGCAAGGUCAGCCUGGACACGGAAAUGUCAGAGAAUUCCAUCCCCCGCGACGCCAGCCAAGCCCGCUCCCCACUGGACUCUCUGAAGAAGUACGGCGGCUGCGUUGGGUCCAGAGACGACAUCACAGCCAGCAACCGCUCCCUGUACCGACCUGGCCAAGACGCCAGGGCCAGCUGCCACAGCGACGCCUCCGCCCCCACGCCACAGACGGAGGGGCAGGUCCGGCAGAAACGGACUUACGAGAAAGUGGACUCCCUGGAGAAGAGCAUCACCAGUCAGAUCAGCCUGUCCUCCCCUGAACCAACCAGAUCUCCAUCGCAGGCAGGAACGCUAGAAUCCAACUCAAAACUGGAGAACGGCCAGAAGGGUAGCGGCACCCUGGGCUCUGCUGUAGUGGGUUACCAGUUCCCUUACACCACGCUGUGCAAACCUCCGGCCGAGGCCAGCAUGGCGGACUGGGCCUCCAAGAACCUCAACAUGCACACCCAUGGCAUCUUCCGCCGGAGGGUGUCCAUCGCCAACAUGCUCUCCUGGAACCGGGGCUCCAUCAAGAAGCCCAUGCUGAUCACCAGUGACAGGACUGUGAAGAAGGAGGCCUGCGAGAUGUUCAAGCUAGUGCAGGUAUACAUGGGAGACCGGCAGGCCAGGCUAGAGCAGCCCCACGUGGCCCUCAACAUCGUCACCAAGUGCUGGAGCAUGCAGGCCCUGAGGGACGAGCUCUACAUUCAGCUGGUUAGGCAGACCACGGACAAUCUGUGCCACCGCAGCAUGGCGGCCGGCUGGGAGCUCCUGGCUAUCAGCCUGGCCUUCUUCUCACCCUCGCCCAAGUUCCGCCGCUACCUGGAGGGCUACAUCCAGAGGCACCUUGACCCGGCAUACGAUAAAGAACUUACUCAGAGUAUCAAGGACCAGUUGGAAACAAAAAACAAGAAGAACUCAAAAUCAAGAAAAAAGAGAAAACAGAACAAGGAAGAGGGUUUGCCGAUCAGCACCUAUGCACAGUACUGCUACCGCAAACUGCAGAAAGUGGCAGUCACGGGAGGCAAGAAGGGUCUGCGGAAGCCCACCAUCGAGGAGAUUGACCACGCCAAGAACGCCAUCGUGACGCCCUCGUUGUUCGGCAGCGCUCUGGAGGAGAUCAUGCAGCGGCAGCACCAGCUGUUCCCCGACCGCAAGCUGCCCUGGGCACAGAUCCAGCUCUCCCAAUAUGUGCUAGCGCUUGGGGGAGCCCAGACUGAGGGCAUAUUCAGAGUGCCUGGUGAUAUCGAUGAGGUCAACGCACUGAAGCUACUAGUGGAUCAGUGGAAAAUCCCAGACGAUCUUUCUGAUCCUACCGUCCCAGCCUCCUUGCUGAAGCUGUGGUACAGAGAGCUGGAGGAGCCGCUCAUCCCACAGAGCUUCUACCAGCAGUGUAUCAGCAAUUACGAGAACCCCGAGGCUGCCAUUGCCGUGGUGCAGUUCCUGCCCGAGCUCAACCGCCUGGUCCUCUGUUACCUCAUCCACUUCCUGCAGGUUUUCACACAGCCGGUGAAUGUGAGUAAAACCAAGAUGGACGUCAACAACUUGGCAAUGGUGAUGGCGCCAAACUGUCUGCGGUGCCAGUCGGACGAUCCCCGCAUCAUCUUCGAGAACACGCGCAAGGAGAUGUCCUUCCUGCGCAUGCUGAUCGUGCACCUAGACACCAGUUUCAUCGAAGGGAUUGUGUGAACACUGCCUCUGGCACGCUUCUUGAUGUUUGUCAAUAUAACCUUUUUUUUUUUUUUUUUUGUUCUUUUUUUUUCUGUUUUUAUUUUGUAAUCUUCUGUAUGAAAACUAACUGCUGCCUUUUAUUUAAUUUUGGUUCAACUCAAUACUACUGGCAUCUGUGCCCUUGAUGCGUUUCAAAUACAGCUUGCUUCUUUGUGGACUGGUCCGACUGGCUAACAUGAGAACAGAAAACUGGAUCUACUAGGAUCCUGCUUCUUCCACCAAAAAAAUAAAUAUUGACACUGCCCGCUCUGGUUUUUACUUGGUCUUACCCUUCAGGGUCAUUCAUGAACAGUUAUUUAUUUUGUUCGCUAUCCUAUUAUUUUAAUGUCACCUGUUACUAGGACAAUGCCAUGUCCAAUUAUCUGUGUAUAGAUCUGGUAUAUUAGCUAAAAAGCAGUGUAUCUCAACUGCAGUUCCUGGUGCUUGUAAAUAGUCCAUGUUUUUGUUUUCACCAGGACCUUAAUAUGCCAUUUUAUAUCUGCAAUUCACUGCCUUUGACAACAGGUUGGGGUCUAUGUUAAUAAUCUGAGUGUUGAACCUGCAUUAAACCAGAUCCGUGGACCUCAAUCCAUAUUUCAUUUUGCAUUUAUCGAUGCUAAUAAGAGGGUCAUUCAGUUUCCUAGCUGGGAUGGUGAAGCACACCAGCAGGGUUAAUAUAAUAAAAGCAUGCUGCUUUUUUAAAAUGUUUUAGAUCAUUUAAACAACCCCUCUUUUGGAUGGUAAAUGUGAUCACCAGUACAGCUGCGGGAUGGGAGUGUUGAUUUCUGAAGCAAACACAGCAGUAUAGAAACCUGCUGAUUUUCACAAGCUGUCUUUACUGUGCAUCUGCAAUAAAGGUCAUUCCAGUCCAGGUGCAUUGUUCCAGCAAUGUUUUAUUGGACAGUCAUUCAAGCCCUGAAAUGGGUUCUUUUCAAGGAGUGCGUUGUUGGGUAGAAUGUUGCUCGACCAGCCCCUAGUCUACCUGUUGUGCGAGGCCUAGCUGUACACAAUGAUCUGAUCAUGAAACGUGGUCGUUCAUCUUAAAGAUGGUAGAUCAUUGCCACCGUGUUACUUAAAAGAAAAAAUAUAGAGGUUGUAGAUUGAGUAUGCAAUUUCUAAAGAGACUUUCUUUGGUGUGUUUUAAAAACAUGUUGUAUUCAGAGCAGCUACUGAGCAGAAUUGUUAUCUAAGCCUAAAAGAAAUUACUACAAAAUAUGAUAAUUUCACAGCGGUUUGAUUUUAUGAUUUAAAAUAAAUAACCAUGCUAAAACUAUUCCAAUAGUUUGUAGUGAGGGGAGGGGGGGACCCAUGAAAUAUAGGAUUGCUUUAACCAAAAAUACAUAAGAAAUAAUAAUUAAGAUUUUACAUUUCAAUUGCCUCAUUUAAUGCAGAAUUGACUGGUUUUCCACAAGGACAUCUUAUUUAUAGAUGUGGUUUUCAUUUUGUAGGAAUGGCUUCAGAUGUUUUUGCUAUCGGUCCUGCCAGUGGAGUGUGGUAAACCAUAGGUGGAAGAUGUCCAUGCUUUCUGCAGUCGAGGGUUUGUUUUCUUUUUUUUACAGACUGGGCUGUGGCUGCCUCUCGGGCUAAACCCAUAUUUAUUUUUGCAGUCAUUGCAGCUCCACGGUGUACCAUUUUUUUUUUUUUUAGUUUUUUGGAAACUAAACUGAAUUUGCCUGCUUGUGAAAUUAAAGGGUGUGUUUCAAACCCCCAAAAAUCUCUGUGAGGUUAGUUUGUUUGGGUUAACCCUUUGCAGGCAGCACCUGUGUUCUGGCUCUUGUAAAAAGUAACAUGCGUGACACGAGGAAAUGCCCUGUUUGUCCAGCUCCUAACAAAGAGGACAGGCUGUGAUUUAUUUGGACGAGGUAAUCCCUUGAUGACCGCCAAGUUCCAAUUACCACUUAACUACUUAAAUACCCCAUUACAGAGGUAUAGUUGUUGCAAGUCUGAAAAACAAUGCAAAAAUAAUCUACUUUGAAUCACAUCUCUUUGGAUUCUAAAACGAAUGGAAAAAUAAGUAAAUCAUUGAAUUCUGGAUAGUGGCUGUACAUGAGAUAGAAGUCACCAAGGAAAGUCCAUGCAAAGUGAAUGCUGGCGCAGUAGCUAUUGCUGUACGCAGCUUCAGUUGAACAAUAAAAGCAAGGCUUUCGGUUGACCCAGAUUUUGGAGCCUUGACAUGUAGGGAACUGUGCUGUCUCCGUUAACAGACAGUAUAUGCAGGAAUAGAGCAGAUAACUGCAUGCUAUACUAUAAUGGGACUUGUAUGUGUAAAUAAACAGACAGCUUUGAUAGUGUUUAAAUAUGUAAUUGAUUUGACCUGGUCAGAUAGUUUGGCAUGCUGUUUGGAGCUGGUAUAACAAGUGUUAGGGCAGUCUCGCUGUUCCGGUAGACAAAGUGUUUUUCUAACCAUUAUCUCGAGUUUGUUUGAAUUGCGUAAUUGUUUAACCUUUCGAGUGCUGCAGGCAGUGGGGCAGACUGGUCAGAGCAGCUGGAAGUUGCUCAGAAACAGAACGCUUGUUACAUUUCCCUGAACACAGCUGUGUGACACAAUACACAACAAGAUCUGGGGGAGGGGGGCCAGAAUUACAGAACACACUAUAUGCAUAGCACAUGUGAAUAGUAAUGUCUUAAUUACUGUACUUUGGAGUAAUAUGGAAUGAAGAAAAAUAAUAUUUGUUGGGGGGUGGAGGGGUACCAGUAUUUUUUUUUUUUGCCAUACAGGCUGUUGUGUUUCACAAAUAAUGCAACCACUUUUUCUUUUUGUACAUUUCUUUGUAACUAACACUAACUGUAAAGCGUACAGUUUCCCAAGUGGCAGGUCAUUCCUUUGCACUUAGCUUCUGUUCUUUUGGGGUUUUUUUGCUGCUGUUUUUAUUUUACAGAUGCUGUUUGUUUGCCCUUGCUGUAAAUGAUGCUGAGGUUCCGCGGAUGUGCGUGAGGAGAUCAAAGUGAAAGUUGGUGAAAUGUUGACUCUUCAUUUCUGUAAUUUUCAUAAAUAAU